AUGGAUAUCCAGACACAACCAUCUCUACCAACAUCCUGUGAGACUCCCUUUGUCAAUCUAGAUGUCGGCCAAACGAAACAAGAAAAGCCUCCUGAGCCAAAUGAAUUUCCAGUCCUUGACUUUUCUCUAUUUGAUAAGCCAGGCGGCUUACAGCAACUUGCAAACAAGGCCCAGACAGCAUUUCAAACUACAAGUUUCUUCUACAUUACCAACUUUGGACUAGAUGAAGCUGAAGUCAAGGAACAAUUUCGCCUUGGAAAAGAAAUUCUCGAGCUACCGAGCGACAUCAAGCAAAGAUAUCUGGCCAAUCUAGCUGAUGCCGAUUACAAUGGCUGGAGGCCGGCUGGGGCAAUUGAACAAUUCCCCGGCCUCCGGGACAACUGGGAAGCCUACCAUAUUUACAAGGACAACAGCCAAAACCAAAGAACCCACCCACCGCAAGUAUUGGACAACAAAGAAAUGAUUUACAGAUUUCAUCGUCACUGCCACGAAAAUAUUGGAUUCAAAAUGUUCCGUAUCAUUGAAACCAUUCUUGAAAUUCCCGAAGGGACACUCGUUGACCCACACAAAUACGACACAAACUGUUCCUCUUUCCUUCGCUACGGGAAAUAUCACCCACGUACCGCUGAAACCAAUGAGAAAUUCAAUAACAUGUAUGUGAAAGACCAUACCGACUUCGGUAGUCUCACAUUUCUGUUUUCGAACCCCAUCAGUGGAUUGCAAGUUCGAGUUCCGGAUGGCAGCUGGAAGGACAUUCCUCAUAUUCCCGGAAGCUUGCUCGUCAUCACGGCCGAUAUUCUGCAAUUUUGGACUUACGGCUAUAUGCGCAGUACUGUCCACCGUGUCCUGGCACCAUCUUCCGAGCAGCAAGGCAUGAAAAGAUACAAUCUGAUUUACUUCAUGCGGCCUGCAGAUCGUGCACUUUUGAACUCUAUUCGAAGCCCACUAUUAGAAAGACUUGGAUUCAACGACAAGAAUGAGAGUGAAGAACUUGUUCAAAGGCGAAGUUCAAGUGUGCAGGAUUGGAUUCUUAAGCAAACUUCGAAGAAUUGGGUGCCUGCCUCUGACCAAAGGGAGACUGAGUCUGAGAUUGAUGCUCUCUUCAAAAGCAAAAAUGCAGAUCUAUGA